CCUGUAGCCAAAGUUAUGGCCCAAAUACUAUGGCGACCCAAAAUGCUUCAAUUUCCUCUCGCUCUUGCGCUUAUCCUGCAUUUCAUGGUAAAGAAUCGCCACAUUAGUUAGAUCUGACAGUUCAGCCUCGUCUGUAUCACUCGCUCCUGCAUCACCCUUCCCGUUGAAAUGGGGCAUGUAUACAUUUCUUCGGUCUACGGAAAAAUUUGCCUUGUUGGGUGUAUGCAACUAAAACCUAACUGCGUCACUAGGAUGUGUGAGGAGCUCAGCAAUCCUCUGUUUCUUUUCGAAAAUAUCCUCUCUUUUCCUCCGACGAUGGCCGAUAAAACAACUUCCGAGUUUUGGCUCCCGCCGGAGUUUCUCCCCGACGAGGACUUACUCAUAGACCCGUACGCCUUCGAGAAACCCGUCAGUAGGACCCUCCCCCGCUCGAAUCUCCUCUCCCCGUCUGCGCUCCCCCAUGGCCGGAGCUUCUCCCCUGUCGCCUCUUCCGUUUUCUCCGGCGUGGAGGAGAGCGAAGAGGAGCUUCUCUCUUGGUUAACCAGUCGCUUCCGGCGGACCGCUUUGGAGGAAGAAGGGGACAAAUCCCUGUGUAUUCCCCGUCACUCGGAGAAGGGUGGGGUGUUAUCGGGAUCUCCACAGUCCACUCUGGCGAAGGUAGGUAGCUGGACCGGCCGGAGAACCGGUUCAAUCAACGGUAGCCCGUAUGGACCUUCUCAGGCUUCGUCUCCGACCACGCCUCCGCUGUGUGUCGAAAACGACGACGUGUGGGCUCUGAUUUUCCGGGACGCCGUACAGGCUCGCCGCCCUAGAUCGACGCCCGACGCAUUGCUUUCCGAUCUUCCUUCCAUCCCUCCGGCGAACCUUGUGAAAAACAGCAUUUCGGGUGCUCACGUCAACCCGUUCCAUCAACUCAGAGCGCUCCAAAUGAUGCAGCAACAGUGCUCUGAAAUGUGGGGCCAGAAGAUCGACGGCGGUUAUCUAGGCGGACGAGACGUAUUCGGGAAUCGAGGCAACCGGGUCGGGUUCGGGAUUGACCCGUUCGUUGAAACCCGGAAUAGCGGAAUCCCAGUCCCUGGCCAGACGGCUGCCUGGCCUGCUCUGCCUCCGCAGCGGCCCAUCCAGUACGGCCGGCCGGAUAUGACCGCGGCGUUUCCCGGUGGUUAUGUUGCCGGAUUGAAACGCGAGUGUGCCGGCACCGGCGUCUUCAUUCCCCGGAGAUAUGAACCGAAUAACAAUGUCAAAACUUCUGCUGAUCCGCGCAAACCAACAUCUAAGAUUUCUAAUGGCGUGAACAAGAGAUCGGAUGGAUGCUACAAUGGCGGAUCAAGGGCUCAGAUUCAUCCUUCUCCCGGUGGCUUUUCCAUCUCAGACUAUGAGGUACUAAUAGCAAGAAGCAACGCGGCGUUGCUGGAGAAGCGGAGGAGGAGCAUGGGCCCACAACCCGAGGUAUCGAUCAGCCCCGAGUUGAGGCUUCCGCCGGAAUGGACAUACUGAUCAAUGUGUGGUGUGGCUUUUGGUGUUAGGAAUGAGAAUUUAGGUGUUUCAAGUCUAAUGGAGGGUUAUAAUUAUGAUAGUGAUGACUGAUUUGCAGCAGGUAGGGCAUGGUUUGGGUAAAAACUUCAAUAAUAAGUCUUAGUCAUCUAUGAAUAAACAUAGGGUUUAUUA